CAGCUACUGAGACUUUUAAAACACUUCCUUAUUAUUAUUUUGCAGAUUCAGCUUUGGAUCUCGUGAUUUCCGUGAUCGUCGGGAACGGUACAGGAUGAUCGUUCUCGGGACAGAGGAUCUCACACAGGCUGAGAGCGUUUUAAAGCAAUUUUUCCCCGAGUCCAUCAAGGUUUAUGGCUGUAUAUUCAACAUAAACAGAGGGAAACCUCACAAUCUGCAGGUUAUUGCAGACCAGUGGCCAGAUUUCACUGUCAUUAUUUGCAAACCGAAAGUUGAGGGCACAAAGGACCGGGAAGGAGAUUUCAACAUAUACAGCAUCUACUCAAAGAGCAAAGCCAGCCUGAGGAACUUUCUGGACACACCUGGUGUGAUCAAUACGGACUCGUUCACAUUACUGGCAGUGCUCGACAUCAGGCAUUCAGAAGCGGCUCAGGAGUUUGCGGAUCAACAUGGACUUCCAUGGAAAGUUCAAGUAGUGAUGAAUGUGUUUCUGUUGCAGGACAAGAACCAGCUGCAGUUUAAAGACAGUGAUUUGAGUUGGGCUGGUGUCAGGUGUCCUCCACUCAGCGCGGAUCUGGUGAACAGCACAUGGAAGUAUGGCGGAGACAGUAACAGCUACAACUCAGUGCUGAACUACAUCUCCCAUAAUCCUUCACUGUGUGUGAUGGAGGAGGGCGGCACUGAGCCCGUGUCUUGGCUCCUCGUGUACCAACACGCUGCUCUUGGCUUACUUUAUACGUUACCACAACACAGAGGUAAAGGCUACAGCAAGUUCCUGGUGUGUAUGAUGGCCAGAACACUCCUGGAGCGAGGACACCCUGUGUAUUGCUUCGUGGAAGAGGAGAACGACACUUCCUUCAAGCUGUUCACAUCACUGGGGUUCCAGCGUUCACCGCAUUACAGGGCUGUGUGGUUUGAGCUCAAUAAUCCACAGGUCAAGACAUAGACAUCUAAAUCACUUCAAAUUCCACCGUUUAAUACUGAGUUAACAUUGAGUUUCUAAUCGCUUCUUCAUUUUUUAUA